GCGCCCUCACACAAAAUGGCGGCCAGCGAAAAGCGGCGGUCGUCCCCGGCGGCGGCGGUAGCCGGGAGCGACCAGGUCCGGCCGUCCCUUCCCUCGAACGGCGCCCCGUCCGAGAGCGAGGCGGAGUUCCUCCUGCAGGCCGGCGUGAGCGACAUGGUCCGCGAGGCCCUCCUGAAGGUGCUGGAGGCGCGGCCUGAGGAGCCCGUCGACUUCCUGGCCGGCUACUUCGAGAGGCUGGCGCAAAGCGGCCCUGAGGAGCCGGAGGCGGGAGAGACCUUGUCGGCGGGCGGCGAGCCCCGGGGGCUGCUGCGGGGGCGCCUCGGCCGGGCCUUGUGGUACCUGAGCCUGGCUCACCACUCCCACAGGAUGGCCUUUAACAACAACGUCAGUGUGGCCUACGAUUUAUUGUCCGCUGGCGGCAGGCGCAAGAAGCCCGGAGUUAGCGGGAAACUCUACAGUGAGCUGCUGAGGCUGAUGUGCCAAGACAAAGGCGCCCCAGAAGACAUCGCUUUGCCCCUGCUGCAUAAGGUCACCUGCCGAGACCACGAGGCAGUGCCCUUUGACAUCUUCCGCUACGGGGUCCUUACCUGCCUGGUCCUCCUCGAGUUCCUGACCAAGGCAGACUUGCUUUUCAACGCACUGGGCGGCAGCUCUGGGGCGGUGGACAAACGAGUCUGUGCGGCGGUCCUUGGGACCCUGGAAGACGCCCUAUGCCCCGCCGAGGUCGCCGCCCCCAUCCGCUUCCUGGAGGCCGGGUCCAAGCUUGGGCCGGAUUGCUUGGCUUCGGCCAUGGACAAAGCGCUGGCUGAGCGGAAACCCAGCGUGGCCAUGAAGAAAGAGGAGUUCCUCCAGAGAGCCUCAUCCAUCUUCGUGGCGAGAGUGAAACCCGUCGAAUGAGCUUUUAAAGUGGGGUGGGCGGAUUUGUUUGUGUG